AUGGCGCCCAAGAUCGACCCCAACGAAGUCAAGAUCAUCUACCUCCGCGCCGUCGGUGGUGAGGUCGGUGCCUCGUCGGCACUGGCCCCGAAGAUCGGCCCGCUUGGUCUCUCGCCCAAGAAGGUCGGCGAGGACAUCGCCAAGGCUUCGGGAGAGUGGAAGGGCCUGCGCGUCACUGUGCAGCUCACGGUCCAGAACCGUCAGGCUGCCGUGACGAUCGUGCCCGCUGCCAGCUCGCUGGUCAUCCGCGCGCUCAAGGAGCCGCCGCGUGACCGCAAGAAGCAGAAGAACAUCGCGCACUCCGGCAACAUCCCCUUCGACGAGAUUGUUGAGAUUGCCCGCACCAUGCGGUACAAGUCGCUCGCCAAGGAGCUGUCGGGCACGGUCAAGGAGAUCCUCGGCACGUGCCAGAGCGUCGGCUGCACCGUUGACGGCCAGCCCGCCCACGACAUCAUCGACGGCAUCAACGAGGGCGAGAUCGAGGUGCCUUCCGAGUAA